AUGACAGACAUGGACGACCACCACAACUCUCUUGCCACAGUAGACGACGACGCCGACGGCGCUGGAAACGAGUACGGUCUCCACGAUCUCGCUCGCUUGCCUCUGCUCGAGCAAGUGCACCGUCUCUUCCACGCGAUUCAGCAUCAGUAUCCCUACAAAGAGACAAACGCAUGGAAGACGCUGCCACUGGACCAAAAGAAGAAAAUGCUGGACUACAUCCGUGACAAGCGGCAGCGGACGCAGCAAAUGGAUCACGAGUCCAAGUUCGAGACAACAGGAGAAGACAAAGCACUGGAGGAAGAACACGAAGCCGAAAAGCUGGAUCCUGCUAUGACCGUCAAGUCCGAUCCUUAUCUGAAGAUGAUACAGCAGCGGAGCUUACGCUCCGUAGGUCCAGUGACGACUGCAGGUGAUGAAGUGGCGCUGCCGAGACAUCCAAAUAGCGCGUACAUUGCACCAGCACAAGUUCCUCACUAUGUACCAGUCAAGCCAAAGUUCAAGCCGAGGUGGCAGGUCGCCGAGGGCGAGUUCUUUGACGAAAUUUGCGUGUGUGGCGUCAAGCAUGAUACUGCGUUGAGAGGGAAGAAGGCGUCGUUGAUGUUGCAUACCAUCAGCUCUAUGAUGAGUACUUUUGGUGAUAGUGCGCAGUCUUGUUUGACUACGGUGGAAGAGGUACAGGCCAUCGUUGGUGAUCAUAUGCGGAAGGUGCUAAGUUUGGGGAAUCCGAAAGCGCUGGGAGCGGCAUCGUGUUUAAGGACACUGGUGGAACUGUUUGACCAAGAAGCUAUCUAUUAUGGACGCUGGCGAGAAUUUCGUGGUGAAGCAAAGCACGAGGAAAACGAGCUGGAGGACGUGGAGGAAGAAGAGUUAGCGGAUGAGCUGGAUCUUUUUGCUGUGUCCGAGGCUGAAGACGUGUUCAACAACUCGUUUCUGGAACGGAUACGCUUUGCCGACGAGCGUACGAAGACGAUGGACUGGUCAAAUUACGAUGUGUUUGCCAGAGGUCGUAAGCUCAAUUUCAUGAACAACAAGUCCCAGCAGUUCCGUGAAUGGUUGGGUCUGGGAACACCCUCACGCGCUUCACUCGAGUUCCUCAAUUUUGUCGCUUACCACAAUAUCGGCCGAUUGGUGGAGUUGGCAAUCAAAAACCGGACAGGCGGAAAACUGGAGCAGCUGGAUACUCCGUUGUUGAAGGAUGAUGUUGAGUCUGUAGCGCUCCAGUUUUUUCCAGCACAGCGUCUACCUAAACUGAUCGAUCGGACUCGUCCACCGACUGCGAAGACAAGACGAGUUGGUGCGACUGGUGCCAACAGUAAGCGCGUGCGCGCAGAACCAACGACAAGAACACGUUCUAGAGCAAAACAGCUUUCAUCGGAACCGAGCACAAGAACUGACGUAACAGAGCCGAUCACGUCCACUGUUGCACCUCCAGUAGUCAGUGCUAGACCUUCGAGGCUCAAAAGACUGCGAUGA